GGGGGAGGGGGGCAGUGGACAGACCAAAGGGUCACCCCACCGGGGAUGGAGGUCUCUGGGGGACAAGUAGCUUCCUAAGCAGAGGAUGCCUGGGGAGCAAGGCCUCAGUCCCCAGUGGGAGCCUUAGGGAGGAGGAAGGAGGAACCCUGAGGGAGGAGACUUUACAGAUUCCCCGGAGCAGGGGCCUGGGUGCUGUGGUGGCCAUCUGGGAUACAGAGGGACCAGCGGAAGGGGACUCCCUGUCAUGGGGGUGAAGCGGAGCCUCCAGAGCGGGGGCACCAUCCUGGGCUUCUUAGCCAACGUGGUCACCAUUCUCUCCACUGCCUCUAACUACUGGAUCCAGCACCACGGGGGCCACAGCGGCCUGUGGCAGGAAUGUAAAAGCGGCGUCUGCUCCAACCUACCCUGCCAGACCAUGCUGGCGGUCACCGCGGCGGGCAUGGUGCUCUCGGCGUGCGGCAGCGCCGUGGGCUUGGUGAUGGCGCUGCGGAUUCUGUGCCGCGAGGGCAGCUCGCGGGGCCAGGCCACGAGCAUCGUCUUCUUCCUCUGCGGCCUGCUGCUGCUGAUCGCCUUGACAGGUUACACCGCCAAGAAUGCGUGGAAAACCAACGUCUUCUUCUCCUGGUCCUAUUUUUCGGGGUGGCUGGCAUUACCCUUCUCUAUUCUCGCGGGGUUCUGCUUCCUGCUGGCCGACAUGAUCGUGCAGAGCACCGACGCCAUCAGCGGGUUCCCCGUGUGCCUGUGACCGCAGCCGGCCUGGGGCGCAAUAAAGGAGCGACCUCC